AUGCAACCCGCACAGUGCGGUGGCCCCGUAUUUCUAUCGCAACAUCUCGCUCCGGCUUAUUCUACACGCAGCAGCAGCAGCAGCAGCAGCAGCAGCAGCAGCAGAAGUAGUAGCAGCAGCAGUAGGAGAUGCAGCAGUAGCAGCAGCAGCAGCAGCAGGAGGGCAGAUGCAGCAGCAGAUGUAGCAGCAGCAACAAUAGCAGCAGCAGCAAUAGCAGCAGCAGCAAUAGCAGCAACAGCAGCAGCAACAACGGCAACAGCAGCAGAUGCAGCAGCAACAACAGCUGCAUCAGCAACAGCAGCAGCAGCAGCAGCAGCAGCAAAGCAGCAGCAGCAGCAGCAGCAGCAGCAGCAGCAGCAGCAGCAGCAGCAGCAGUAG